CAGGUGCUUCCGAGAAGUUGCCUGUGUGACCUCCGGUGUGGAUCCCCCUCCCCUCCCCAUCCCUCAUUGUUUCAGGACUUCACAGAGAGCGUUUCCUCCACCUUCCAUCAGCAUCAUGCGCUGGAUCUGAACCACAGAUGGCUGCAAGCGCUGAAUGAAUGGACGCAGCAGAAACGCGCGGCCUGGAAGCGCAUUUCACACUUCCAGCGCUUUCACGGCGCACUACUCUAUUCUGGGCUUCCCUGCUAAGUUGUUGCACACUUUAUCAUGCCUUACAGUGGGAUAUCAGGGAACAAACACCGACUGGACAGCGGGAGCGACGAUUAGCGGAUCUGUGACUUAUUUUGUUUGUUUUUCUGGGACUGAUCUUUUACAGAAACGGGGAAGUCUGAGUGACUUUACGCACAAGAUCUUCCUCCUCCAGAGCUACUGAUCGGGAUAUUCUACUGAGGAUUAGUGCGCAGCGGGAUGUCGGUGGAAAUCCCCAACGAUUUCUGCCCAGAUUUAAAUGAGCUGGAAAAUAAGAUCGGAAGGAAAACGCCGGAAAGCCUCCUGGUUUGGAUUAAGGAUGCGGCGGAUUGGGAGGACAGAUUAGCAUCGGAUGCGCUGCACAGAGAAGAAGAGAGCAGCUCGGAUGGAUUAUCUGAUAAAAUCAACAGUUUAAGACAAGAGAUGAAAUGUCUCCGUUGUGCCGAUGUGAAGAUUCUGCGGCAGCUGGUGGCCGUCCAUGAAGGUAUCGAGGCCAUGCGCUGGCUGAUGGAGGAAAGAGGCAUCUCAACCAGCCACUGCAGCAGCUUAUCAGGCAGUAUGAGCAGCUUGGUGACCAUCGAGGACCACGUUCCCCCCAUGUCGCCCAGCAGAGAGGAGCCAAGUUCCGCCUUCCCUCAGGAUAUGAGGCUAACCGCCAUUGAAGAAACAUCUCCUGAACCUGAAUCUGCAAGCUCCUCUAGGUCCAUAGAAGUUGAAAGUUACAGUCUGGCACCACUUACUGCUGCCAGCUCUUUGGUUGGCACUGAUGUACCCAAGUCACAAGUACUGGAGUCUGGUUUGACACGGCUGCACAUCAGAACCGGUGCUGAGACGAUCAGGAGAGUUCUGCUUAGGUCCUGCAAAAGAAGACAACUAAAACCUGACUCUGGUGGCGUGGCUGGCAGUCAGGAUGUAGGAGAGAGACACUCUACACUUUUACCUCAGGAGACGUUAACGUUUCAGAGCCACGAAGUGAAGAAGGACGAGUUUUCAGCUGGUGAUGAGAGCGAUUUACUGGGUUAUGAUGCUCAGUGGUCCUGGGUGGACUCCAAGGAUGAUGUCACAUUUUUAUGAUCUUACACAAGAACGCUUUACAUUACAUUACUUUAAACUAUAACCAUCUUGAGUGACAGUGGAAUUAAAAAUGAACUUUGACCCACGAGUGUCUUUGUGGAAUGGAUUAGAUAUUCAUCCUGCUCAUCAGCUUCUGAAUAAUCGCUCAAUCUGUGCAUUUGUUUAUCCUCUUCUUGAAAUGGAAUGGUAAUUAAUCAGGAAUUCUGCAUGAAAUUAAUAAAUAAGAACAUUGAGAAGGUCAUAAAAUCUGCUGUGAGUGAAACUGCAUUGCUUGUUUUUCUCUGUGUGGUGGAAAAAUGGAGGAUUUCUUCAUGUUUAUGCUGCUUCUCUACAAUUUGCUUUUAAAGUUUUCUACUCUUUGUCAGACAUCCGCAUCUUCAGUAGAUCUAUUGGGAAGUUAUUUGACAAACGCACACAGAGCAGUGCAUGAAUGGAAAGUAGAAUGUUUUAAUAAAGAUUUGAAGAGUGA